CAAAACUCAGUUGUAAAGCGAAACAAAACAGCAAAGUACACGAAUCGGGACCUAACGUAACACUUACUGCCCGCUUUGCAACCGACUUUAGAAUCCACAAAACAGUUAGUUGAUCUGCACCAGAGGCAUCUUACAGGAUAGAUCUACUCGAUAAAUACGUGCAUCGAUAGCGGUCGUGAUGCAGCGAGUAUAGCGCCGUUGUAGCAGCUAUAGGAAUAAAUUGUGGUUGCUCAUAUGAACGCGGAGGUGAGCUUGUCGAGGCCAAACCACCACUGCGACCGCAUGAAGUGCCAGAAAUUACAACGACGCUGCGAACAAUCUUACCGAAGGUCUCAGGUCAUCAUUUGUGAUCAAUGGAUCACAAUUGUUCGACUAAAGUAUGAAUAAUGUAAUCAUUUAAAAUUUGGAUGCACCAUCGGCCAACUUUGCAAUCUGGUUUAUGGUUUUGUCCGUGAGCAGGUGAUGAUCGCCGAACAGAUCACACCAUAUAUUUAAGAGCAAGAUUGCUUAUUCAGACGUAAGAUUUGCGCCGAGCGGUCGUCGCCGUAGACCAUUUGUGCCAUGUUUACGUGAAUGAUGCAUCUUAAGCCAGCGUCGAGGUACAUGUUAAUAGAUUCAGAGUGUUUUCACCUCGACCGUCGUUGUGUCUAGCGGAAUCGUCACAACGAUGGGACAGCUACUUCAAUGCCUAGGAAUCCUUGCGUGCGAUCUAGUGAUAUCAGCUUUUGGGGCUCGAAGCAGACUUUUAAGAAACCAGAAGUAUGUCGUCUUCACGUCGAGGCUGUAGUCUGCAGUAAUGAAAAGAUUAAUAAUAUUUGUCAAGACUUUCUUGCGCAAUCACACGUACUGUUUUACCGAAAUCAAGAAGAAUGCAAUGUUAGCGUUUUCGAAUAUAAGGAAUGAGACAGAGUGUUCAUUGUCUUCACUUUCAUCAAAAUAACUCGAGUGACAAUUCUUCAGCUACACGAGUUGUAACGAUACAUUCAUUAAUUUUCCGAGGUUGUGGGGUGUACCAUUUCUGUCGUUUAUCGCUACUAGUCGUUUGUUUAGUUUCUGAUCUGCAGCCAAAAAACAAGAAGAU